ACCAUCAAGUUGUAAUUAAUUAAGUAAACUUAACAAAUUGCUUUUGAGUACAAGGGCAAGAACAAAUCAAACAGUUUUACCUCAACCCACAGAAACUAAAAUGUCGCACAAUUUGAAAACCAAUAAUCCAGUUUCCAGCAACAGUUACGUAUCAGUCGUUAAGACAACAUCUAAACCAUCUUUCCCAAAAAAGGAUCAAGCCAUUGUAAUGCACGCUGAUGAUAACCCAAAGUUAUUUGACUAUGUUAAGGAAAUAGGAGAUAUUGUAGGCCCCAAACACAUCUCUUUUGCUUCGAGGAUCUCGAAUAAUGGGAUCUGUAUCUAUUUAGCCAAUUCUAAUCUCUUUGACGAUCUUUUAAAAUCCCAUGCAUCCGUAACUAUCAGCAAUAUUAUUAUAAGCAUCCGCAGACUCGUUUCUCCGACAAAACGGAUAAUCAUCUCAAACAUAUCUCCUUAUAUACCCAAUGAUCUCGCUGAAAAUGGUAUAAAAAGUCUUGGUUUACAGUUAACCUCCCUAUCUUGUUCUUAA